AUGCAUGUUUACAAGAUUCUAGUCAGUGGAAGUCAAGGCGACAGCUGGAUUGUUUUUCGAAGAUACACGGACUUCUGCAGGCUCCAAAACAAGCUUAAGGAUUUGUUUCCUAGCGUCCACUUAGUUCUUCCUCCGAAGCGUUGGUUUAAAGACAACUAUGAUGAGGAGUUUCUGGCAGAGAGGCAAAUUGCCCUGCAAACAUUUCUGCACAACCUGACUCACCACAAACAUAUCAUUAGCAGUGAUGCGGUCAGGCAGUUUCUGUGUAUGACUGACCCACCAGGCCCAUUUGACAGUGUGGAAGAAAGCAGGGCUUUCUGUGAGACGCUGGAGGAGACCAACCACCAUCUACAGAGGGAACUCAUGGAAAAACAACGAGAUUUUGAUAAUUUGACACACAUCCUAAAGGAGAGAGAAAACUACAUAAACCUGCUGAUGAGCAAAGUCUAAUGGGUUUAUACGCUUAGGAAAUCUUAAUAAUCCAAAAAUGUUCAUAUUAUCAACGAUUCAUUUUAACUGACUUUAUUGCAGUUUUGGUAACUAUUCACCAGUAUUGUUGAUCUCUUGCUGUCCUUCAGUCAUUUUUUUCCCCACACAUUAAAGGCCUACUG